AUGACCUACAUUGUUCCUACUAGACGUAUUAUUACUAAGCAAGAUCUCGAUGAGUUUUUGAGUUCACAAGCAUACCAAGACUACAUGGGCUAUAUUGAACGACUCAAUGAAUCUGUCAAGAACCUCAAGAUUGAUGAUCAAGUACUCAUCUCUCAAAAUACACAAAAAAUACUUGAUAUUUUGGAGAUCCUGUUGAAUUGGGUCAAGGAAAUUCCUCCUGUUGAAAAUGAAAAAUCGCGUUUUGGUAACCCUGCUUUUAGAACCUUUUAUGAUAAAGUCAAAGAUAGCAUUCCCGAGUUAUUUAAAGAUUUAGUGCCUGAAGAGGCUAUUCAAGAAGUGGGAAGAUAUUUCUAUGAAAGUUUUGGUAAUCAGAAGCGUAUUGAUUAUGGUACAGGACAUGAAGCUAAUUUCAUUGCUUGGUUACUAUGUUUGGAGAAACUCAAAUUGUUGACAGAGAAUGAUGAUAAAGCUGUUGUGCUUCGUAUCUUUGUCAAAUACAUUAAGCUCAUGAGACAGCUUCAAUUCCAUUAUUGGCUUGAACCUGCUGGUUCGCAUGGUGUAUGGGGUUUAGACGACUAUCAUUUCUUGCCAUUCUUGUUUGGGUCUGCACAACUCUAUGAUCAUAAAUAUAUCAAGCCAAAAUCAAUUCAUGAUGAGGAUGUGGUUGAACAAUUCUCUUCUUCUUACAUGUAUCUUGCCUGUAUUCAGUUUAUUAAUUCAGUCAAAACAACAGCCUCUUUACGUUGGCACUCACCCAUGUUGGACGAUAUCUCAGCAUGCAAGACAUGGAUCAAAGUCAAUCAAGGCAUGAUCAAAAUGUAUAAAGCAGAAGUCAUGUCAAAAUUACCUAUCAUGCAACAUUUUAUGUUUGGCAGUUUGAUUCAUUUUGAAGGAGGACAUGCAGAAUCCGAAGAAAUGGAAAGUGAUUGUGGACAUCAUCAUCCAAAAGAAGUGUUUGCAUUAGGACAAGAACAUCCUGAUUGUUGUGGUAUUCCUGUACCUAGUGCUAUUGCUGCUGCUGCUGCCAUUAAUAAUAAACCUCGUCCACUUCCUUUUGAUUAG